CAUCAGUUAUUUUGUUUGUUUAGAGUUUAUAAAACUGUACAGGGCCCAGUCACGCCUGAAAUUCGAAUUGUGAAAUUCAGGUCAUCCACAGCAGGAUGGUAGGAAAGUGGGCGGAUUCCAGAUGAACAGGCCCUGGAGGCUCGAUACCGAGACGAGGAUCCUAGACCUACCGGAAGUGCUGCCGCCACGUUCGACCGGAGGACCGUCCGGCCUGCAUCUUACAGCGAGGGCUCUGUUCCCGCUCCCUAGGCAACGCCCGAGUCUCAGCUCGCACCUUCCCGCAGGUCCAGGUCUCGGGACUCGAACCCCGGGGACCCUCCGGGGGCGGGGGGUUGAGACGGGGGUCUCAGUUAGUCCAAACUUAUAUCAAGACUUUCUGAGUCAUCUGUGUGGUCCCUAAUUCACGGGCUACUUCCUGCAUGAACUUUUUUAGGUAAGGGGAUUUUUUGUUCUUUUUUAGCAACACUAGGGAUUGAACCCAGGAUAUUACACAUCCGAGACAAGCUCUCUAACUGCAGAGGUAUAAUCCCCAGCCCAUCCAUACACUGUGUAAGGUGUUUGUUCUUAAUACAGAGAAGCUAAAAUGGAAAGAAAGUAAGAAAUUGGCACAAAAUCACAUUACUGGUUUUGGAACCAGAGGCAAACCCAGGUCAGAGUAACUUAGAAGUCUCUGCUCUUUGUACAUUAUAACAUUCUAUUUUUUUCUGUUAUAUCCAUCUUUUGCUCACCCAUACAAUUACUUUCAGUGAAAAGAUUUCUGGUCUCUGAUAACUGCUGAUGACAUUAAUUUCCAUCAUCAAUCAUUGCCAUUUUUCACUGCUUAGGAGAAGCCUCCAAAGGUGUGUUUUGAAGGGUGCCUUAACAGCCACUCAAGGUCAGGAUGAAUGCACAGGUUUUAUCCCUGGAUUUUCAAGCCCCGGAGUUGUUGGAAGAACUUGUGACGGUGAAAGUUGAGGCAGAAAGUCAGCUCCAAAAGCAGGAAUCCAGACUGAAGCGCAAUAAUCCCCUAGCAAGGGAAAUCUUCCGAAGGCACUUUCGGCAGCUCUGCUACCAAGAGACCCCAGGACCGAGAGAGGCUCUUACUCAACUUCGGGAACUUUGCUACCAGUGGCUGAGGCCACGUGUGAGCACAAAGGAGCAGAUCCUGGAGCUGCUGGUGCUGGAGCAGUUCCUGACCAUCCUGCCCGAGGAGCUGCGGGGCUGGGUGAGGGAGCACUGUCCAGAGAGUGGGGAGGAGGCUGUGAUUUUGCUGGAGGAACUGGAGAGAGAACUUGAUGAACCAUACCCUGAGAUGGUAACUCACAGACACAGACAAGUCCUCUCCAGAGAGAAAGUGCCUCUAGGAGAGCAGUCAUCACUGAGCGCUCAGUGCCAGCUUGCGGAGCCCCAGUUCACAUAUGAGCCUGACCAGGAGUUCCAUCCUAGAGGAGAGACAGAUGAAAUGACUGAGAUUAAAGACAGAGAGUUGGUGCUAGGGAAAGACUGUCCACAGGUAGUGGAGCCACAUGGGAAAACAUUUCAUGAUCAGCCCUGUGCAGUGUCGCAGCAGGACCCUGGACAUGAAGAAGUUGGUGAGUGUAAAGGUAGGGUGGAGAGGCAGUGGGAAAGCCACUUGGCAGAUGGGCAGCACCAAUGUGGGAAAUGUGGGAAGAGCUUUGCUCAGAGCUCAGGGCUCACCCGACACCAGAGAACUCACACUGGAGAAAGACCCUAUGAAUGUAACGAGUGUGGGAAAACCUUCAGUCGCAGUUCUGGGCUCUUUAAUCACCGAGGAAUCCACAAUAUACAGAAGCGGUACCACUGUAAAGAGUGUGGAAAGGCUUUUAGCCAGAGCGCAGGUCUAAUCCAGCAUCAGAGGAUCCACAAGGGGGAAAAGCCCUAUCAGUGCAGCCAGUGUGAUAAAAGCUACAGUCGCCGUUCAUUUCUCGUUGAGCAUCAAAGAAGCCACACAGGGGAGCGACCUCACCAGUGCCUAGCAUGUGGGAAAAGCUUUAAUCGCCACUGCAACCUCAUCCGACAUCAGAAGAUCCACAUGGUAGCAGUCCCCAAGUCACUGGCCAAGUUCUGAGGGGUAGGGUAAGACCAGAAAAUGCCUCUUUUUUUCCUGUCUCUACUAAACAUGUUUGGAACAGAUACUGACCUAUGGCCAGGAACUUCAACAAGGAAAUUUUGUACUUUUGAAGCUGCUGCUUUCCCUUUUGUUUGCCACUUUCCUAUUCUUAUUUAGCUGCUGACCCUUAUUAGUAAUGUAAUAAAUGACACUGCUAAAGUCAACAUCCUUGAAAAA